CAAAAGUAUGUAGGAAAUACUAAUAAAUAGAGCCGGGUAGCUUGAAAAGUGCAAGUUUUUACAUUUAAACGAAGCUUUAUCGUGUUUUUGACGCGCUCAUAUUGCAUCGAAAGCGUAAGAGAUCGAAGGGAUAUUGAAGAUGUGUGUUUUUGGGGUGCUUUUUGAGUGAAUGAACCUCUGUGUUGACACCACUCGAACUGAAACUGACUUUGAAUGGCGUGAGGUGGACUAGGAAUCUAUUGCCACCAUGUCUUCAGAGCUAACCCUGGACAUCCAGCUAACAGAGUUGGGCUUUUCCAGUUGGGAUUUUCAGCUCCUAGAACAGAAAGAGAAACAUCCAGCAUCAGAGGUUGAACAUGAUGCAUCAUCAUCAUUGUUGUGUCCCUUGUCGGCAAAACCCCACGUGGAUGAAGAAGCUGAUGUUUCAUUGAGUCAGGCCACCCCUGUCGUCUGCCAAAAUUCCCCAAGUGAUCACGACUCUGGGAUUAUUGGCAGUGCAGAGAAAAGCAGCAAGAGGGCUCACUUUAAAAACAACAAACACACUGGAGGAAAAAGAAGGAAGAGUUCUGAGGAGGAGGAGGAUGAUGAUGAUGAACCUGUCAAAGAAGAUAAAAAGAAGAAAAAGCUUAAUGAGCAAGGAAGCACGAAGAGGAAGUUCAGUAAAACUGAGGUUUGUGAAGAAGAAGAAGAAGAAGAAGAAGAUGGUAGUGAUGAAGAUGGUGAUCAUUAUGAUUUGACUGAUGAUGAAGAAGAGAAUGAUAAUUUGUCUUCAGAUACAAGUGGAUCAGAAGAGCAUCAGUGCCCUGUGUGCAGCCUCACUUUUUCUACGACAUUCCUCCUACAAGAACAUUUGCACAUACAUAAUGGUGUACGUCGGUAUAGCUGUGCUGAAUGUGGCAAGCAGUUCUGCCAUUCAAAAAACUAUCGCAAUCACCUUCGCUCCCAUGAUAAAGUGGACACGGUCAAGUGCAUCAUUUGUACAGCCCCGUUUGCAACCCAGGCGGACCUGCAGCUGCAUCUGGACACAAACCACCUUGAGGACCAGUUCUAUCAGUGUGACUUCUGCAAGCGCAUUUUCACCAGCAUGGAGGAGUGUCAGAAGCAUGUGCGGACGCACACGCGCCACCCAAAGGGCUACCCAUGUCCCAAGUGCGAGCGCAGCUUCCGCCAUCGCAGCUCCAUGCUCUACCACCUCAAGCGGCACAAAAAAGCCACGCUGGUCUGCAAAGACUGUGGCAUGGCGUUCUCGAAGAAAGUUGGCCUCCUGCGCCAUAGUUUCUCUCACUUGGGCCUUCCGCCAUUUACCUGUGUACGUUGCAAGCAGCAUUUUCGAUUGGGUUCACAGUUCAGGAAGCAUGAGUGUAAAGCGGAGCAGUUGCAGUGUGUGGCCUGUCUCGUCACAUUCCAGAGUAAAGAGGACUUCGAGAAGCACAAGAAGGACACGGGAUGCUGGGGUCAUCAGACGGCCCCCAGUGACGUGGCAACUGACAUUCGUUGCAUGGAAUGCGGCCAAGUCUUUGAGAGCUCGGAGGAACUGAAGAAGCAUGCCGGGACGCAUCAGAGAGUCAUGAGGUGUUCAGAGUGUGGGAUGGGUUUCCGCUCAUCCUUCAUGCUCAUGUCGCAUAUGGGAGGUCAUGCUGCUCAGCGGCCGGUCCUUUGCAAGGAGUGCGGACUUGGUUUCUGUCAUCAACAGGGUUACGAUAGCCAUCUUAAAACGUGUGGGCUUGUCAACCCAGCAGAGGCUGCUAUGAAGAAGUCAAAGCCAAAGGUUGUCUCAACUUCAGAGAAGAAAGGGAUUCCCACUGUUCCUAGCCACAAAAGUAAAGUUGUAGAACCUUCUACUGUGGAAGUCCCCAAGACAAAUUCAAUACACCCAGUUAUCCCAGUAGGUAGCCAAAUAAAAACACCAGACCCUCCAUUGAAUGUCACUCUGAAUAAAGACCCAAUUUCUCCUGUCUCCCUAGUCAUGUUCAUGCCUGUACCUUUGACGCCUUCUUCAGAGAGCAUCCCAGAUGCUAAAAACCCUGUUUUAGCUCCCCACGCCACCGAACUUUCGGUAGCCUCCACUAGCUCUGCUCCGAACACAGAGUUGCCACAGGACAACGCUAGUUCCUCCAGUUCAAAAAUUCUUAUACCUUUGUCAACUGAAAAUGAUACUAAAAAACGUUGGACAGUAUUAGACCUGCCCACAUCUGGUCCGGUGUCCAAAACGUACACAGUGUACACAGUGAAAAAGGAAAAUGAAAUAACAGUGGCUGCCAAAUUAUUAUCUGUCGGAAAGGUAAAUGCAGAGAAUGCUCAGAAGAAUGUCUUGUCAAGCCAGCAGAUCCUAGACAUCUUGAACAUCAUCAAGAAAAAGCAAGGCCCUGAUGAGAAAAACGCAAAUCUACACACUGUGGUGAUACCAGCAAAAUAUUGUGAAAACGAUAUACAAGGUGUGUCAGGGUUGGAGGCCAAGAAGUCAAUUGAAACUAGCGGGGAUAACCAAUCAACAACAGUGGGAAAAGACACUCUGGGUGCUGAGAAAAUAAACUUCCAUAAUCCUGACUUUGGUUUCUCUGGAAUGGGACCAGAGGUUUUACGGAUUAAAGAAGAAUCUGAAUAUUGUGAGGAUUCUAAAUCAUUAAUCCAUUGGUUGCCUGAAUUAUCAUCCCUGAAGCCAGAAAAGACAGUGCAAAAGGUGACUGAAGAGGAGGAUUCUUGGAGUAAAAACAUUCCAGAACCAGAUGUAGUUCAGUGUGAAAUUUGUGGGAAGAUGCUCUUGGAAAAAGACUUGAGUGAGCAUAAUUUGGAACACUGA